CCCCCUCCAGUGGGCCGCAUUUUCUCGCGCAUGCGCGGCAAACCAGUCGUGUCUAGCCAUCUGUGAUGAUGGGUUCUUUUGGUGCCCGGCUCCGUCGAUGGCUACGUUUAGAAAUUCACUAUCAGUACUAAAAAUAUCUAGUUUACAUUACGUAAAUUAUAGAUUUGCAGUACUGACAGUGAAUUUCAGAACGCAGCCGAUGAAGGAUAUAGGCAGUAGGAGUAGGUUAGAUUAGGUAAGUAUGUUAUUUUAUUAUUAAUACCUAUUAAUUUAUUUAUAUUUUUUUAAUAUAAUUAAAAAUGAAUUCCGAAAUUGGUAAAGGAGCCAUUAAAAAAGAAAGAAUUUUAUCACAUCUGUUUGUGACGGGGUCUAAGUGUACCUUUAUUCCUCUGAAUUUGAUACUUCACUGAAGUCACUUGCACAGCCAAGUGCGAGAAAACGCGUCCCGAACGGUAACGCUGCCCUCCACUUGACUACCGUCUCAGACUUGAAUUGGAAGCCGGACCGUUCGAUCGGAUUCUUCGUUCGCAUAGAGACACGAGUAAUUCGACACCGAUCGCUAACUUGUAAUCCGGGAGACAGAGGAAGGACACGACGCAAUAUUCCGAUCAAGUGUUUUAGGAGACACACGAGCUGAAUAACAGUUGAGAGUUGAUGACGCAUCGGACUUUUCUCAAGCGGCAGUAAAUAUGGCGCAUCAGACCUUUGAAGAAUGCGCCAUUGGCUAUGAUAAAGGACGUGGAGCACUUUUAUUCAAUAACAAUGACACAGAUUAUAGUGUAGGAGGCUACAAUAAUAGCAAACGAACAAACUAUAAGGAAAAUAAUGACAAUGCUCAUGAAGAUUAUGAAAAUAGAUAUAAUGGCAAACAUAAUAAAUUUGGAGGACGCAACAGACAACAGGAUAGUGAUGGGCCGCGUCAUGGAAACAAUAGAGGAGGUGACAAUGAUCGUAAAUGGCAAAGUAAUCGGCGAAACCAGUAUGAUGACGGUGAAACUGAAGAUAUCGGCUUUAAUGGACACGACAGAUCUAGAAGAGAUAGAGAUGAUAGAGGUGAAAGAGGCGACAAUGGAGGUGGAAGAGAUGGUGGUUAUGGCAGAAAUAGGGAUAACGAUGAUAAUGAUUUUGAAGAUAGGAAACCUAGAAGAGAUAGGGGUGAAAGAGGUGGCAGAGGAGAUGGAAGAGAUGGUGAUUAUGGCAGAAAUAAGGUAGAAAUAGAUAUAAAUAUGAAAAUAGAUAUUAUUAUCAGAAAUAGAUAUUAUCAUCAUAAUGAUAAUGAUAAUAACGAUUUUGAAGAUAGAGGACAUGGACGAAAUGACGAUGAAUCGAAAGAAAAACCAAAAAAGGAAAAGAGUUAUAUCCCAUCAGAACAACCAAAUGAUGAAGGUUGCUUAUUUGGGAAUGAAGUUACAAUGGGAAUAAACUUCAAUAAAUAUGAUGAUAUCGAAGUAAAAGUUACUGGUGAAGGUGCACCGCAUCCAAUACAAUCUUUUGACCAAUCCGGCCUCAGAACUAUUUUGUUGGAGAAUAUUAAAAUGUCGGGUUACACAAAGCCUACUCCAGUUCAAAAGUACGCCAUUCCGAUUAUAAUGAGUGGCCGCGAUGUAAUGGUUUGUGCACAAACAGGCUCGGGCAAAACUGCGGCAUUCGUACUUCCAAUUCUACACUCGCUGUUGCAGAAUCGAAGAAAUUCAAUUAAAACAAAUUUUUCCUGCGAACCAUACGCGAUUAUUGUAUCGCCUACAUGCGUUAUGUCGCAAAUUUAUGACGAAUUCAAGAAAUUUUCUUUGAACUCUAUCAUUCGUAUUGAGGUUAUUUAUAAAGGACCAUCAAUUUUACAGCAAACGAAUAAAGCCAACGGUUGCCACGUUUUAAUCGCAACUCCAGGCAAACUGUUGGAUUUUAUUGAACGAGGCAAUGUUGUACUUUCUUCCUUGCGCUUUUUUGUACUAAAUGAGGCUGACAAAAUGCUUAAAUUAGGUUUUUUGUCUUAUAUUGAAAGAAUAAUACAGCAUAAAACAAUGGUAGCUGCGAAAAAAAAGCAGAUGCUUAUGUUUUCCGCUACUUUCCCGAACAAAAUACAAGAACUUGCUGGUAGAUUUUUACAAAAUUACCUAUUCCUCGAGGUUGGUAUUAUCCGAGGUGCUUGCGCUAAUGUAGAACAGAUCUUUGAGCUAGUAUGUGAUCAUCGCCAUAAGCGAGAAUUGCUCAUAGAACUAAUAGAGAAAAAAAAACAAUUUGGUAAUCUAAAUGGUACUUUAAUAUUUGUUGAACAAAAAAAACAUACGAACUCCAUUGCCGCUUUCUUGACAAAAUACAAUUGUCCCGCUACAAGUAUCCAUGGAUUUAGAUUUUCUCAAAAAGAAAAAGCCCUAUUUGAUUUCAACGAAGGAAAAAUUUUGAUAGUAUCGGCGGUUGCCGCGCGAGGCUUGGAUAUUAAAAAUGUUUCGCACGUAAUUAACUUCGAUUUUCCACGAACGAUCGACGAAUAUGUUCAUAGAAUUGGUAGAGUUGGAAAUUGUGGAAAAGUAACUUCAUUUAUGGAUGUAAAUUCUGACAUGUUUCUCACUCGAGAUUUAAUUAAAAUUUUAAAACAAGCUGAUCAACUAAUCCCUGAUUGGAUGGAAGAUUUCGGCGGUGAAGGAAGCGAAAACUACUUCGUGCCAGGAAAUGACAGAUUUGGCGGGGAAGAUAUCAGAGGCGUAAAAAUGGUUGAAAAACAGCUGGAAGUUGAUGAUGCAUCGGACUCGUCUCUUAAACUUCUCAAAGGUGCUUACGCUGAUGUAGAACAUAAUUUUUAUUGGACGUGUAGUCGGAGCGAUAAGAUAAAACUACUCAAAGAACUAUUUAAACAAAAUCAACUUACAAGUAUGGAGGGUACUUUAAUUUUCGUGGAUAUGAAAUUAGUUGCGGGAUUCGUUGCGUGUGUCUUGUCGGGAAACAUAUAUUCCAGUGCAUAUUUAGUUGAAGACAACUUGGAAAAAGAUAGGAGAAAGUCCUAGCUAAGUUCGAGCAAGGAAAAUUGGCUUUGGUUAUAACGCCGGUUGUCGCGCGAGGCUUGGAUAUUAAAAAUGUUUUGCACGUAAUCAACUUCGAUUUGCCACGAACGAUCAAGGAAUAUGUUAAUAGAAUUGGUAGAGUUGGAAAUCGUGGAAAAGUAACUUCAUUUUUUGAUCCAAAUUUUGACAUGUCUUGCACGGGUGAUAUGAUUAAGAUUUUAAAACAAGCUGAUCAACCAAUACCUGUUUGGUUGGAAUCUGGCGACGGUGGAGGAAGCGGAAACUAGUUCUUGCCAGGAAAUGGCAGAAGAUUUGGCGGGAAAGAUAUCAGAGGCGAUGCAUACGAAGGUGAAUGCGAUGAUGUUGAUUAUGCAUCUCUUACACGAGGAGGACUGGAAGAGCAAUUGUAGAUUAAAUGCUAUUAUUUUUUGUUUACAUUUAAAAAGUAUGACUGAUUCUAUUGGUAGUGAUGUACAAAUUAAAGUUUUUUUUUAUGCCGAAUUGAAUUAAAUGUUUCAUUGAAAUUUUUAAUAAUAAUUGUUUGGUUAAAUUUUAAUGAUUCAAGUCAUACUCGAAUAGUUAACUAUGUUUCUUUAAUGGAUUAUAUGCAAAAGUAUAUGAGCAAUGAUGACAAUUUAUUUUCGUUUCUUAUUUCUUUAAUUGUCAAUAUAUCGUGCUUUUAUCAAAGUUCCUCAUAAUAUGAUAGAAGGAAUGUACGAUGCAUUUGAACUUAUAUUUCUACCUCACAGAUAAAGACUCUAUAGGUUGAAGUAAUUAAGUUUUAAAGUUUAUGAAGCAUUUUUAAUUACAUUUAUUACAUUGUAUAAAACCAAAAGUUAUGUAGUUAUUGAAAAACAAUUUGCCCAGUGACAAUAAUUGUUUUUUCUCUUAAUUCAAAUAUAUUAAUCUUGAUAUAAGUAUAUUAUUGAUAAAUAUAUCGGUCUUAAUGUAAGUAUGUUAUAAAUAAUUCUUUGAUAACGGUAUUAAGUUUCAAAAUACAGAUGGGAUAUAAUUUCGUAAAAUAAAAUUUAUAAUUAAUGA